CGGCCAGCGGCGGCGGUGCGGAGGGCCGGCGUCCUCGUCUUCGUUGUCUCCGGCGACGGCAGGGGCAAGUCGAGGGAGGGCCGGACAGCGAUGGCGCCGCUCUCGUGGCGCCACCACACGCUGCUGCAGGCGCUGCUCUCCCGCGGGCCCCUCUCGGAGCGCGACUUCCACGCCCUUUUCACCGCCAUCUCCGGCGGCAAGAACCCUGCCACUCAUCAGCAACUGUUCAACGAUACACUCCUCAAGAUCAACAAGGAGCUCUCAUACUUGCAGUUUGAGUUACGAGCAUGCAUACACCAGUAUGAUGGUACAGUGUAUUAUGGAGUGGUCAACAACAUUGCUGAUGAAGAAUCAAAACUUGGAUCAAAGUAUUCCGUGCCACAGAUUGCGUUCUACAAGGGAUUGUUGGAAGCAAUAGUUCAUGAAGCUGGAAAUGAUGGGAGCAUAACCAAUAUUGAUGCUCUUAACACGCGGAUCGAUAACCAGGUCGUAAUUGCAGAUGGUUCACAGUCACAUGACAGUCAAUCUCGUCUGCCUACUUCCAUUACUAACUUCUCAUUGUCCCAAAAGGAGAAAACCCUUAAUGAACUCAUACAAGAUCAUUGGCUGUCAUACACUCCCACAGGCAAGAUUGGUCUUGGCAUACGAUCAUUUCUUGAUUUCCGAAGCUGGUUCCACAAUAAUGACAUCCCAUCGUGUGAGGUCUGCAACGAAGCUGGUAUAAAGGCAUCGACGUGUCCUAAUGAGGGAUGCAAUGUAAGAAUUCAUGAGUACUGUUUGGAGAAGAAAUUUUCACAGAGAAAGGCCUCAAUAGCCUGUCGUGGUUGUGGUACCGAAUGGCCUCGGUCGGAGGUUGAAGAUGAUGGUGCUGAGCAAGCUAACGAACCUGAGGAAGAUCAGGUCCCAUCAGCCAAUCGUCGUUCAAGGACUAGAACCAGAGCAGUCAAAUCUGAACUGGUGGAAGAAAAUGAAAGAACAGGCCCAUCAGCGAGGAGGACAAGGAGGAAUUUGAGAAGCUCUAAAUCUGAAGCUGUCGAGGAGGAACGAUCUGCAGGACCUUCACAGCCAACCAGGGCAUCUAAGAGAAGGAAGAACUGAUGAGUUUGUUCUGUUCUUGCCAAUGAGAUUUGCAGGUUCCUUUUGUCAUGUACAGACAGUAGCAUUAGGUAAUCCUUUUGAAGUGGCAGGCAAAGUUGCAACUUAUAGUUCGGGACGAAUAUAUAGCUUUAGGACGCUCUUUUCACUAACUGCUAAAUCUUAUUAGAAGCUUAAUGCUUUCAUUUGACAAAUCAAGCCUGGAUGUGACAACUCAGUUUACUGUUAGGAUGGGCUCUCUUUCAUGUU